CGUUUAGCAUAGCAUGCAAAACACCAAGGCUGUGAUAUUUCUAUAAGUUUUGUAAAGGGUGCAAGGCUCUUGUGAAUCACAGAGAAGAUAUGGAGAAGGAACUCUUAGGGAAGGAAAACGAGGCAGUGGGUGGUUUAGGUUCAGGCAUAACAUGGAGUGUUUUUGUUCAAGAGGUGAAAGGGGUUGGUUAUCUAGCGGGGCCUAUGAUUACUGUCAAUUUGUCACUAUAUUUUCUACAAAUAGUUUCAUUGAUGAUGGUGGGUCACUUGGGUAAGCUUGCUCUCUCUAGCACAGCCAUUGCCAUAUCUAUCGGUGCUGUCUCUGGCUUCAGUGUUAUUUUUGGAAUGUCAUGUGCAUUGGAAACUCAAUGUGGGCAAGCAUAUGGAGCCCAGCAAUACGAAAAAUAUGGUGUUCAAAUUUAUACUGCUAUUGUUUCUCUUAAUUUAGUUUGUGUUCCUCUGUCUGUUUUGUGGAUCUAUUUGGAGAAUCUACUCAUUUUACUUGGGCAAGACCCUUUGAUUUCACAAGAAGCUGGAAAAUUUGCUGUGUGCAUGAUCCCUGCUCUCUUUGCUUAUGCAAACCUUCAAUCCAUGAUUCGGUUCUUUCUGAUGCAAAGCUUGAUCAGUCCCCUUGUCAUAAGUUCCUCCAUUACUCUUUGCUUCCAUUUGGUUUUCUGUUGGUUACUAGUUUUUAAAUCUGGAUUUGGUAACCUAGGAGCAGCAUUUGCUAUUGGUACUUCAUACUGGUUAAAUGUACUUUUACUUGGAUUACAUAUGAAGUUCUCUGCUAAAUGUGAAAGGACACGCGUCCCAAUUUCGAUGGAACUAUUUCAUGGGAUUGGAGAAUUCUUCCGCAUUGCUAUUCCUUCAGCUGUAAUGAUUUGCCUUGAAUGGUGGUCCUUUGAGCUGGUAAUCUUGCUCUCUGGUCUUCUACCAAAUCCAGAACUUGAAACUUCAGUCUUAUCCAUAUGUGUAUCAGUCACCACAACAAUCUACACAAUCCCAGAAUCAAUUGGCUCAGCUGCUAGCACUAGAGUUUCAAAUGCUUUAGGAGCUGGAAGUCCACAAGCAGCACAAGUAUCUGUUGCUGCUGCUAUGACUCUUGCAGCUUCUGAGGCAGUUCUGGUGAGCUCAAUCAUUUUUGCCUGCAGGAAGGUUUUAGGUUAUGUAUUUAGCAAUGAGCAAGAUGUGGUGGAUUAUGUCGCAGAUAUUGUUCCUCUUUUAAGUCUAUCUGUUAUAUUUGACACUUUACAUGGCACCCUUUCAGGUAUUGCUAGAGGAUGUGGGUGGCAGCACUUAGGAGCAUAUGUGAACCUUGGAGCUUAUUAUGGUUUGGGAAUUCCAAUUGCUGCAAUAUUGGGUUUCUGGGUACAAUUAAGAGGAAAAGGCCUGUGGAUUGGAAUAAUCACUGGUGCAUUAUGCCAAACAGUUCUGCUAUCUCUCAUAACAAGUUGUACAAACUGGAAAAAACAGGCAAUUAAAGCACGGGAAAGGUUAUUUCAGGGAAGUUUAGCAGUAGAAGAUAGAUUAGUUUAA